CUCCACCCACCCCUCCCACACAAAUAGAAGGCCUCUGAACCUAACCACCUUGCUGGAGCGAAAGCCAGAGAGAACUGACCCACUUCUGCCAAGCCCCAUCCUCAUCGCCCUUUCUGGUGAAUGAGGGGUGGUGGUGAAUGUCUUCUAGCCCUGGGUGGACAGAAGGGCUUCCAGAAAGAAAGGAGGAGGAUGGCCAGUGGGAAUGGGCUUCCUUCAUCCUCGGCCCUGGUGGCCAAGCGCCCCUGCGCCCUGGGCCCAUUCCCCAGAUACAUCUGGAUCCACCAGGACACACCCCAAGACAGCCUAGACAAGACUUGCCAUGAAAUCUGGAAGAGAGUUCAAGGCCUGCCUGAGGCCUCACAGCCCUGGACCUCCAUGGAGCAGCUCCCUGUCCCUGUGGUUGGAACUCUAAGAGGCAAUGAGCUCAGCUUUCAAGAAGAAGCUCUGGAGCUCAGCAGUGGCAAAGAUGAGAUCUCCUUCUUGGUGGAACAGGAGUUCCUAAGCCUCACCAAAGAGCACUCGAUCCUGGUCGAAGAGAGUUCUGGGGAGCUGGAGGCACCCGGCAGCUCUCCCGAGGGGACCAGAGGGCUGGCUCCCUGCAUUCUUGCCUCUCCUCUAGCGGCAGGUAGUAAUGAGCGCCCCAGAGCCUCCAUCAUUGUCGGAGACAAGCUUCUGAAGCAGAAGGUGGCCAUGCCCAUUAUCAGCAGCAGGCAGGACUGUGAUUCUGCCACGUCUACUGUCGCAGACAUUCUGUGUGCCACCAAGGUCAAGAGCAGCAAGGGGACAGAGGACAGGGGCCACAUCCUGGGUGACUCCAACUUGGAGGUCAGCAAGCUUCUGUCCCAGUUCCCGCUGAAGUCCACUGAGACAUCCAAGGCCCCUGACAACAAGAGGGUGCUGGACAAGACAAGGGUCACCAAGGACUUCCUACAGGACAACCUGUUCAGUGGCCCUGGAGCCAAGGAGCCCACAGGGCUGAGCCCAUUUCUGCUGCUGCCUCCCCCACCUCCUCCUGCACCCCCUGACAAGCUCGCUGAGCUCCCUGCACAGAAGAGGCAGCUUCCAGUGUUUUCCAAGAUCUGUUCCAGGCCCGAGGCUGACCCUGCUGUGGAGAGGCACCACUUGAUGGAAUGGAGCCCUGGCACCAAGGAGCCAACAAAGGGUCAAGAGAGCCUCUUUCUCAGCCAGUGGCCCCAGAGCCAGAAGGAUGCCUGUGGUGAGGAGGGUUGCUGUGACCCAGUGGGCACCGCAUCACUGACCCUGCUGCCCAAGAAACCUACAUGUCCAGCCGAGAAGAACUUGCUCUAUGAGUUCCUUGGGGCCACCAAGAACCCAAGUGGGCAGCCGAGACUUCGAAACAAAGUGGAAGUGGAUGGGCCGGAGCCGAAAUUUAAUGCACCUGUGACGGUUGCUGACAAGAACAACCCGAAGUACACAGGCAAUGUUUUCACUCCACACUUUGCUCCAGGCAUGACCUCAGCAACCCUGAACCAGCCACUCUGGCUCAACCUGAACUAUCCACCUCCACCAGUGUUUACGAAUCACUCUACCUUCUUGCAGUAUCAGGGCCUGUAUCCACAGCAGGCAGCGAGGAUGCCCUAUCAGCAGGCUUUGCAGCCCCAGCUGGGGUGUUACUCCCAACAGGUGACGCCAUACAACCCACAGCAGAUGGGACAGCAGAUCUUCCGCUCUUCCUACACCCCACUACCGAGCUACAUCCCUUUUGUCCAGCCCAAUUAUCCCUACCCUCAGAGGAUACCUCCAAAGAUGUCUGCCAACCCCCGAGACCCUCCCCCAAUGGCAGGAGAUGGACCGCAGUACCUCUUUCCCCAAACAUAUGGGUUCGGCUCGACAUCCGGAGGGCCCUUGAUGCACAGCCCCUAUUUUUCCUCCAGUGGGAAUGGCAUAAACUUUUAGAUCUCCUCUUCUCCCUUCUCCUCCCUUAGCCCUUGGAUCAGGGCUAGGGGCUCUGAUUUUUGGAUUCUGCAAAAGCUUGGUAUGAAGUUUGGAAAGGCAAGAUUCUGACCAGGUCACAGACAAAACAGCAAGACCAGAUUCAUCUAUUGGCCAACACUGACACACAAAUAGCCCUCCUCACACAUGGCACAAGCUACACACACACACACACACACACACACACACACACGACCCUCAUAUUCAUACUUGCUUGCUCAACCACUUAUGCAUCUGUAUGUAGCUAACAUGAGUGAUUUUUGUUUUUGUUGUUGUUGGUAAAAUAGAAGUAAGACACUUAAUUUUAGAAAGUUUGUAUUUUAUGAUAAAAGUAUGAGCUGCUUGAAA